GCAGUUGUGCAGUGGAGAUCUACACUCCUGGGCUUCAGCACACACCAGAGUGGUUCACGUGUUUUCUGACAUUAUGAAAGACAGUGGCAAGAGUUGCCUGUGAGUGAAGGGUGCUAGGACUGCAACUGGACCUCCUUUUCCUCUCUUCUUGACCAACGGCUCUCGGGACCUUCUCUCCAGGACUAAGCUUGGAGCAAGAGUCCAUGGAUCUGGGCCACCGAGCAGGUACAACUGCUUUGACCAGGGUCCAUCUGGACAACGAAGGCCAGCAGGACACGGACCCCAGGAGAACUGCCCACAGCCUCUUGGAUGCCUCCAAGUUCAAGUACCAGGCCCCAGUCUCCCCACAGCCGUCCCUGCACCGGGAAGGCAGCCCCAGGGGCAGCCCCAUGGGGCACGCCCACCUGGACGGGGUCCGGUGUCCACCCCGGAUGGCUGUCAGCAAGGACUCCCUUGGGAUGGCUCCACGGCCUGGGUCCCUGAAGAACGGGGACUGCAGACCCUCCUCAACAGAGAGCAAGGCCACCUUCCGAGAGGAGGCUCAGCCAUGCCAGGGACUGAAGGAAAGCCCCACCGGGGGGGCCCAGGGCCAGAGGGACAGCAUCAUUCCUGAGAACAUUCGCCACAAGUUUGGGAGCAACGUGGUGGACCAGCUGGUCUCUGAGGAGCAGGCUCGAAAGGCCAUUGGUGAAGUCUUCGAGGGUCCGAAGAGGGCAAGCUCGUGGCCCAGCAGGACGCAGAGUUCUGUGGGAAUCACCUCCACCUUCUCAGACUACUAUGAUCUGGGCUACAACAUGCGGUCAAACUUGUUUCAAGGGGCCCCCAGGGAGACGAAGAGCCUCAUGAAGGCCUCUUACACCCCAGAGGUGAUUGAGAAAUCAGUGAGGGACAUGGAGCACUGGCAUGGCAGGAAGACGGAUGAUCUGGGACGGUGGCACGAGAAAAACGCUAUGAACAUGAACGUGCAGAAAGCACUGGAUGAGAAAUACGGAGAAAAGAGUAAAAGCAAGAGCUCCAAGUAGUAGAUACAACCCAGAAGAGGUGCCAUUGACUCAGAGAAAGUGCUAACAAUAA